AUGGAGAGGAUUUUAACUGCCGUGUUAUUAUGUAUUGGAGUUGCUGUCUAUGCUCAAGUUCCAGGAUUAGGACCCUGUUUUGAUGCCAAACCACAAAGUACUUUAAAUGUGUCACAGUAUUUAGGACAUUGGUAUGAAAUAACGAAAUUACCAAGUUUCUUCGAAAUAGAGCAAGUUUGUUUAACUGCCAACUAUUCUGUAAAAGAAGAUGGUCACAUUAAAGUUUUCAACCAGGGAAAAGUCAAUGGAAAAAAUGUUUCGUCAACUGGUGAUGCCUAUGUUCCAGACCCAUCCGAACCCUCGAAGUUAAUAGUAAAGUUCCCACAAGCUGCACCGUAUGGACCUUAUUGGGUUUUAGAUACAGACUAUACUAGCUAUUCCUUGGUAUUCUCUUGUGAACAACUCGGCAGCUUCGCUCAUGCCAAAUUUUUAUGGAUUCUAAGCAGAACUCCAUCCAUUGAUCCUGCUGUAAAAGACAGAUUAUUCAAAAGACUUGAAAAAGAUGGAAUUGGUGCCAGUGGAUUGAGAGCUACUAAGAGAUCUGACUGCAGUUGA